AUGACCUUGUCUGCACCCUUUGCCCCGCGAAUUAUCCAUCCCAGCGCGUUUAACCGAAUUCCGUCCGCGCGUCAACUGUUGCAGAAAAAGUAUAGAUGCAAGAGCCCUAAGAGUCUGGGGAACAACCUCUUCGAAGCCAAUUUUCGCCAUCCUGCAGCAAGCUGGAUGAUGCUCGUGAAGCCCGUAUUGCUGCGCUUGGCGUUCUGUCUCGCAUUUACCCUCAAUGUCCACGCCGCAGCCUCAGACUUGACCAUCUACACCGACAAUGCGCUCGCUCAAGGUUGGCAGAACUGGAGCUGGAAUACCGAUAUCAACUUUGCGGCUACCGACAUCUUUGCUGGUCCAAGUGGAACCUCGAUCUCCGUGACCUCCACAGCAUGGGCUGCAUUGUCUCUCAAGCUCGAAGGCACCUUCCCGGACUAUGCUGGGCUAAGGUUCGACAUUGCGGGAGACCAGCCAGACAUACAAUUCUAUGUGCAAUCUACUAUCGACGACAGCCAAUCGUCUACUAUACCACUGUCAGCCAUUAGCAAAACUGUGACGAGCGGUUCAUUCUCUUCACUCUUAAUCGACUUCAAUAAUCUUCCAGGAACUGGUGGUCAACUGGGAACUGGCCCUUGGGAUCGCUUGAACAUUCAAGCUGGCGCCAACGGAGCAAGUUAUCACAUCGACAACAUCGUUCUCGUUAGUGAAAUUAUCGUCACCCCAGAAUUCUUGAGCGCCGAACCGCUCACGAACAACGUGGUUGCGGUUACCACAAAAGGCGCUGUUGACUUGACUGACAUACACGUCGCCUUCAAUGGACGAGACGUCAAAGUCGUAGAUACCACGACCUACGUUCCCGUCGAUACGCCGUCGAAGUCCAUUGCUUACUUGACUCUUGCGUCUGCCUUCAAGCCAGGAAAUCUCACCAUUACGGCCGGUGGUGCAAGUUUCGCUUAUGUUUUGCCUGCCGUGCAAUAUGGAAGCAUUGUUCAAGAAGUGAAGACCCCAAUCGAUCCUCUUAUCUAUGGUGUAAAUUGGCCGACUUCUGCAAGCUACAUUCAACAUCUCGGUUCCCCCCUUUCUCGCUGGGGAGGAAACGCAGUUACUGCCUACAAUCCUUUCGGUGGCUUCACAAAUGCUGGCAAUGACUGGUAUUUUGAAAACCGCGCCAAUGAGAAUGCAGACGAGUGGCUUGCGUGGAUCCAUGGUACAGGUGCUGCCAGUAUGCUGACUAUUCCUGCACUUGACUGGGUGUCUAAGGAUGCAUCAUCAUAUUCCUAUCCCAGAACAAUCUACCCAGAUCAGCAAAGAUUCGACCCAUUCAACGCCGAUGCUGGCAAUGGCUUAUUCCCCAAUGGAUCGUAUAUCACACCACCUCCCGACCCAGUCAGAGUUUAUACGCCAUGGAACACCACCCUGGCCAAGAAAUGGCUUUCCGAGCUCAAGAACAAGCCAACCAUCGUAACUAUUGACAAUGAAAUCGAGAUCGCCCACAGCACCCACCAAGAUAUGCAUCCUGAUCCCAUCGGGUAUGAUGAAGAACUGAAGAGAGUUGUGGACUUCGCCACGGCGUCCAAGGAAGUUUUUCCAGACGUCCCGGUUGGCGCUCCGUCCACCUGUUCUUGGUGGUUCUACUGGACAAGCGCAAUUGGCUGGAGCGAUACGGCGGCUCAUGACAACAUCGACUUCUUGCCAUGGUUCCUCACGAAGAUGAGGGAGGCAGAGAAAACUGCUGGGAAGCGACUCCUCGAUUAUCUCGACAUUCACUACUACUUCCAGGCUGAUACAAGCGCCAAUGAUGCUGUGGCCAAAGCCUUGAGGUUGAGAAUGACGCGCUCUCUUUGGGAUCCUCAAUAUGUCGAUGAGUCUUGGGUUGGAACAGAUCCCCAAAAUCAUCAAUGGAACCCAUCUUCCGUCAAUCUUAUCCCACGAAUGAAGACCCUCAUCAAGAUUUACUAUCCCGGCACCAAGCUUUCCAUUAGCGAAUGGGCUUCGACCAACGACAACGACAUUACGGGCGGUCUCGUUACUGUUGACUCUCUUGGUCUCUUUGGGAGAUAUGGUGUCGACGCUGCAACAUACUGGGCGACCCCUGCAGAGAUGGGACCCGUCGGAUUGGCGUAUUGGUUGUAUCGAGGCUACGGAACCUACUUCGGAAAAUUCAGUGCUCAAGUCAACCUCGCUACUCCCAAUCCUGAUACGCAAGGUGUCUAUGCAGGGACCGAGAAUGGAAAACUCACCCUAGUUAUCGUCAACAAAAACUCCGAUGCUCCUAUCGCUUUUGAUCUAUCCAACGUACCAGUUGGAGCCUACUUCAUCCGUCAUUUCGGUGGUGCGGCUGGCGUGGCAAAGUGGCAGACGACAAUCAGUUUGAAGUCGAAUAACUACAUUGUCGUUCCAGCAUACACGGCUAUUUUCCUCCAGCAGAAGUAG